AUGGAUUGGUUAAACAUUUCAUUAGGGAGCCUGGUUUUGACUCUUAUGUGUGGUAUUCAUUCUCGUUCGGCUCUUGGAAUCACAUCCAGUAGUGGUUGGAACAGCUCGCAAAAUCCAACCACUUCACCUACUUUAUUGCCCCCAACGCUUUCUCAAAGCACUCCCAUCAAAGCCUUCCCCGGCUGCCGGUUAGAGCAAAGACCUUUGGAAGUUUCUUCUGUGGCUUAUACACAUGCACGGCACACUGGCUAUAUUGAAAAAGCUGCUUAG